GCAAACAGUAUGAUGUUGAUGUCAGUGAUUGGUUUGAUUCAUAAUGUGACAGAGGCUCAAUGUGUGCAGAGACAUGGGCUGUGGCGGAAGCAGGACUGAUGCUGUGGACACUCUGGACAGCUGGACCAAGGAGACAGAGUCCACAUGGCUGACCAGCACAGAUGCUGAUAUUCCCUUGUCGUCGAUCCACAGCCUCCCCUCUGAAGACUGUGAGAAGACGAUCAGCCGUGAUUUCUUCAAUGACGGCUUCCCGCCUCCCGCUCAGGCUUACCUGAAGGUCUGCUCGUCCGUGUGCGAGGUCAAUCUGGAUGAUGUGACACCCAGGACGAGCCUGGUGACACCGGCCUCCGUGCCCCAGGAGGCGGCUUUACCAACAUCUGGCAACACAGUGCAGUGAAGGAGGGUUCGACAUACUGAAAAGACUGAGGCAAGUCUCUUUUUGGAAAAAGUACAAAUU